AUGUUCGGAACUCAACGGCAAGACAUCAGUCGUUCAAACAGCGCUCCACCAACUCAAGUCGCAGAUCAGUUUGGUCGGUUCGAUCCUUCAGAACUCGACAAUCCCUCACCUUCCGAUCCACGCCUAGACCCGGAAUAUCCGGCGUAUUAUUACAUGAAUGCUCGCCUUGACCCAAGACUUCCUCCCCCUUUGUAUACGCCCGGGCAGUCUUGGCAGUUAUGGGCUGGCGGUGGCAUUGGUAAUUUAAACCAUAAAUCUAAUGGUGCUCAAGCACCGAAGUCUAAAGUCUUGGAAAAGUUCAGAGGAAUGGACGCCGAUGAUGAUUUUCUCCGUGAACAUCCAUUGGAUCAGAGUUUGGAACCCGAACCCCAUUCGACGGCUGGACAACAAGAAUUCCCCAACGAAUCGAGCGGACAUGGAAGCCAGUACGAGCAAUUCGGUAACCAGGGCGCAAGCAGUGCUGCGUCUCUUUGGAGACCUGAAAUAGCGUCACCUCCGCCGCAAGGAUUACCGCCAGUCAACAAUGACCCGCAUUCGCCGAACAAACGAAAGAAUCUGGUAGAAAUGAUCCAAGAGGAUUUCCCACGAACGCCUUCUCCUAUGUAUGCCCUUCAGCAGGCUCAACGACAAAGACAAGCAGAGAUGAAUAACGAAGCGUUUGACGUCAAUGGCCUUCGUCAAGCUCUUGAGCUUGAAGAGUCUCUCGGUCGCUCAGGUUACUAUUCAAGUGGGAUGCGCAUUCCUCAGGGUGACGAAGACCACAUGAAGUCCUUUGCAAACUCGGCUUUAGAUGGUUCGGAAGAUUAUGAUCGGAUAGGUGCUUUCAACAGAGGUGCCUCUCCCCCACCUCUUCGUACUAAAUUCUCCCCUCCUCCCCGCGCCUCUUCGACACCGCCCACACAGAAUCACUUCCGCAAUCAUAGCCUCAAUUUCUCUCAGGAGUUCCACGGUGAUCUUUCUCACGCCGAUUUGUACAACAUCAAGAGUCUCGAGGGAACUCAAGCACUAAAACAGCAGCGCUUGAAGAUGCAAUCUCCGUACAACUCAUUGUUCAACGAGGGCUCCGCAUCUUCCGGAUACCCAUCUCAAUACGGUCUUGACCCAUUUCCGUCGAUGUGGGAUGCACGUGAGGAAGCUGCAAUUGGCAGGAACCUUAUUCCAACCGACGUGCCGUAUUCACGAAACGGAUCUCUGAGUCUAAGUUCAGGAAGAAAUUCAAUUGACUAUCAGAAAGCUCUUCAACAACAGCAGCAGCAGCUCGGGUUAGGCAACUCCGGUUCCAUUGAUUACGGUUCAGGCAAAAGUAGCCCUUACUAUGGAUCCGGCCUUGGUACGUCUGCUCUAAGCCCGGUGAGCAGUCUUGGGGGAACUCAACUUAGCGCUCAAACUCGCGCCACCAUUGCGGAAAAGAACUUAAGAUUGCAAUCACAACAAUUAUUGCUUCAGCAGAAACAAUUGCAACAACAACAAUUAAUGCUUGCGCGAGAACAGUUUUUAAGACAUCACCAUUCCGCAGAGUACCUGAACGGAAUCGGUGGGUAUAACAGCAUUUCCGGUGGUCGCCGUAGCCACGAUUUAAGUUCCAGCCUUUCUGACCCUGGUCACGGCAUCCGGAGUCCUUUGUUGGAGGAGUUCAGGAAUAACAAGAACAAAAAAUACGAACUUAGGGAUAUAGUCGGUAAUAUUGUAGAGUUCAGUGGCGAUCAACACGGAUCACGAUUCAUUCAACAAAAGCUUGAGAGCGCCAAUAGCGAGGAGAAGCAGUUGGUCUUUGACGAGAUCCUUCCAAAUGCCCUUCAGCUGAUGACCGAUGUCUUUGGUAAUUACGUUAUUCAAAAGUUCUUUGAAUACGGGAACCAAAUGCAGAAAGCCAUAUUGGCGAAACAAAUGGAAGGGCACAUAUUGUCUUUGGCCUUGCAAAUGUACGGAUGUCGUGUGGUGCAAAAGGCGCUUGAGCAUGUUCUUACCGAACAACAGGCCACCCUCGUGAAAGAACUUGACGGUAAUGUGCUUAAAUGCGUCAAGGAUCAAAAUGGUAAUCACGUCAUUCAGAAAGCUAUCGAACGCGUCCCCGCGGAGCACAUUCAGUUUAUCAUCAAUGCUUUUCACGGUCAAGUCUACAAUCUUGCGACGCAUCCUUAUGGCUGCCGCGUGAUUCAACGAAUGUUCGAGCAUUGCACCGACGAACAAACUAAGCCCCUUUUAGAGGAACUCCAUCGAUAUACGCAAAAUUUAGUUCAAGAUCAGUAUGGAAAUUAUGUGAUUCAGCAUGUGCUUGAACGAGGAAAAGCUGCCGACAAAUCCAUGGUCGUAGCCAAGGUUCGCGGCAACGUCCUACAGAUGUCCAAACAUAAAUUCGCCAGCAACGUUGUUGAGAAAUGCGUCGCCUACGGAAGUAAGCGUGACCGUCAAUUAUUAAUUGAGGAAGUUAUCCAAACAAAAUCGGACGGCACAUCGCCACUGAUCUCCAUGAUGAAGGAUCAGUACGCUAACUACGUGGUUCAAAAAAUGUUGGACGUGGUGGACGGGGACCAACGCGACCUGCUUGUCGCCAAAAUCAAGCCUCAUUUGCAGUCGUUGAAGAAGUAUACCUACGGGAAGCAUCUUAUUUCAAAAGUUGAAAAGCUUAUGAUCCUCACGGAAAAUCAGAAAAACCAAAAUGGUAGUCUUCCUACCGUUGACGGGGCGUCAACUGGAAUCCUGACGCCUGGCUCGCUCACACCACUCGACACCGGCGACAACUCCCCUGUCUUGUCCUCACCGGCUAUUGAAGCACCAACUCUUAGACCAGAAACUAGUUCACACAUCGCCAAUCCUGCUCCUCACCCUGAGCAAAUUUAA